UGUGUCGACAUUCCUGACUGAGUUUCCCAAAGUUCUGAUUUUCGAGAUAGAGUUGUGUUUUAUUCAUUUUACGGCAUUUAUUCAAAAAUUGGGUAGUUUUUUUACUUUAUUGGCAAUAUCAAUUUCAUCGCUAUUAUACGCAAGAAUAAAUUUUGUUUAAUCUGCACAUAUUACGCUAUAAAAUGGCAACAAACAUUGUCUAUCUGCUAUGCGCGAGUAUGCGCGAAGAAAAUUAAGAAAAAAUUAAAAAAAAGAAAAGAAAUGGCAGUUACUAGAGAGAAAGAAAAUUGUACAAGAAGAAUUAAUGGAAAUAUACCCGCGUUAUCGCUCAACAGUGCUAAUAUGUCGACUUCGACCGACAGUGACGACGUAGCGGAUCCGACAUAUGAAAUUAGGAACAUUCAGAGUAUUAUAAAUGUGACUCGGGAAAACAUUGAUGCUUUGAACGCGAAGUUCGCUGGUCUGCAGCACCCUCCGUCGCUAUACUUGUCGGAGUACCAGGAGCUGACUGCCAAGUUGCAUAACUUAGAGCUCAGGGAGCAGACUUUACGUGAAUUGUUGCAGUGCGACUCGCCGGACCGGUCAGAGGAGUACCCUUGGCAGGAUGAGUCGAAGAAGUACGAUACGCUCACACGGCAGCCGAAGGUGUUCCUGCGGGCUCACUUGCCCAACCAGCAGCGCACCAGCGUGCAGGUGAAGGAAGGCGUGACUCUUCGCGAGGCGCUGAUGAAGGCGCUCAAACUAAGGAACUUGACUUGUGAAAUGUGUGAAGUAGUUCGGACAGGCAAUAACGAAGUGAUACCAUGGGAUAUCGACAUUACUAUGAUUGAUGCAGAGGAGGUGACAGUGCGCAUCCUGGACAAGUUGCCAGUGAUGUCUCACAUGUCGCACCAGUUCACACGCAAGACAUUCUUCACGCUGGCCUUCUGCGAGUGCUGCCGGCGCCUGCUGUUCAACGGCUUCUAUUGUAGCCAGUGCAACUUUAAGUUCCACCAGCGAUGCGCCGACAAAGUGCCCAGCAUUUGCCAUCAGGUCAGAAUGACAGACGCGUAUUACGCCGCAUUGCUAGCCAAAAAUCCAGAAACCCACCCCGGGUUCAUAUACCUACCACAGCAUUUUGGAUAUCAUCAGAACAAGUCUGCCUCCCCGGCCAAGAAGAUGAAGGAGUUUGAUGUUAACUGGCAACAACACCCGCGCUCGCUGAACCAACAAGACAGAUCCAACUCCGCGCCAAACGUCUGCAUCAACAUGGUCCAACGCCCGAUGACGCUCGCGGAACACCAGCGGAAGCAAAACCAGAGCAACAACUCGCCACAGUCGUCCAACUACCUGACGUCGGGGCGACACAACAAAGACGACAAGGACAAAGGCGACCAGCAACAGAGUCAAAGCACACAGGCAUCCCCCACGGGCACGCUUCGACCAAGGAGAGCGCGAGCGCGGUCGGCGGACGAGUCGUGGAAACACGCACUAUCGCCGCGAGAGAGCUACGACGACUGGGUCAUACAUGCCGACGAAAUACUCAUCGGAGCCAGAAUAGGUUCGGGCAGUUUCGGGACAGUGUACAAGGCGCACUGGCACGGGCCGGUGGCGGUCAAGACGCUCAACGUGAAGACGCCCACGCCGGCGCAGCUGCAAGCCUUCAAAAACGAGGUGGCAGUGCUACGGAAGACGCGGCACUGCAACAUUUUACUGUUCAUGGGCUGUGUGUCCAAGCCCUCCCUAGCCAUAGUGACGCAGUGGUGCGAGGGCUCGUCCCUCUACCAACAUCUGCACGUCUUAGAAACCCCACUACCGAUGCUAUACCUUAUAGACGUGGCGCGACAAACCGCUCAGGGAAUGGACUAUCUCCACGCCAAGAACAUUAUUCACAGGGACCUGAAAUCAAAUAAUAUAUUUUUAAGAGACGACUGGUCGGUUAAAAUAGGAGAUUUCGGACUUGCCACGGCCAAAGUGCGGUGGUCAGAUUCGUCAACAUUAGGAGGUAUCCAAUGGCAGCAACCCACAGGGUCUAUCCUGUGGAUGGCUCCAGAAGUGAUCCGUAUGGACGAACCUGUGCCCUACACCUUUCGAUCCGACGUGUACGCGUAUGGCAUUGUUUUGUUUGAACUGAUGGCUGGCGAGCUGCCUUACACCCACCUUAAUAAUAAGGACCAGAUCCUAUGGAUGGUCGGGCGGGGUCUCCUAAGACCCGACGCCAGACGGUUACGCCAAGAUGCGCCUCAGGCGUUGAAGCGACUAUUCGAAGACUGCAUCAAAUUCGACCGCGAACAGAGACCCUUGUUCCGACAAAUCCUUGCUUCGCUCGAAUCCAUGCUUCGGGCGAUGCCGAAGAUUACGAGAAGUGCUUCGGAACCCAGUUUAAAUAGACAGUUGCACGCUUCGGACGACUACUUGAGUUAUAGUUGCGCCUCGCCCAAGACGCCCGUCAAUUUCCAGUUCAAUACCGACACCAGUUUCCCUGCCUUUUAUGGCAUCCCAGUGCCUAACCAGCGACAUACGUAAGAGUACAGGUUGUAGGCAACCUGCGAGCCUCACAGAUCCGAGGCCUGAGGUGGCCUUCUUUACAUAGCUCUGCGAUCUCAACUGUUAUAUUGUUAUAUGAUUAAAAUAUGUUUGUUUCUUUUCUACCCAUGGGGAGUGAAAGGGACUGAGCUAUAUGUAUUAGGUUUAGAGUAUUAAGCCGGGUGCAGACCAACAGCUAAGCUAUGUUGAAGCUAAGCUAAGCCGAUUAAAAUAAACUGGAAAUUAGUUGUGUGCACAGCAAAAGCUAAGUGAAAGCCAAGUCAUUGUGAGUGGAUGUAUAAACGGGAGUCAUGGGAAGUGGGAGGGGCUUAGCUUAGCUCACAGAGAGAGAGAGCCAGCGCGUGCCAGACCUUCGUUAUUUU